UUUUAACCUCCGCGAAUCAUAGUCCCUCUCUCCAAAGCCAGUUCUCCAGAGCUAGCAGCAGGAUGCUAGCAGCGCUGUGCCCAGGGCUCAGAGACAGAGCCUGGGAAUAAAUUUUCUUUUAGGACUUUCUGGCUACUGGCUACACUGAUGUGACUUACCCCUUUGGAAUGAUGGGGAUCUUUAUGGCAUAUGUUGGAUUUGUUUUCUUUUCUGUUUUACAUAUACAGCAAGGACUUUCUUCCCAAGCAAAAUUCACUGAGUUUCCUCGGAAUGUGACAGCGGUUGAGGGCCAGAAUGUGGAGAUGUCCUGCGCUUUCCAGAGUGGCUCAGCCUCCGUGUAUCUUGAGAUCCAGUGGUGGUUUCUGUGGGGGCCAGAGGACCUGGACUCAGGGGCUGAGGUAGCAGGUGCACAGGUGGAGCUCUUACCUGAGAGAGACCUGGACAAUGAUGGCACCAAGAUCAGUACAGUGAAAGUUCAAGGCAAUGACAUUUCCCACAAGCUUCAGAUUUCCAAAGUAAGAAAAAAGGAUGAAGGCUUAUAUGAAUGCAGAGUGACUGAUGCUAACUAUGGAGAGCUUCAGGAACACAAGGCCCAGGCCUAUCUGAAAGUUGAAACCAACAGUCACGCAAGGAGAAUGCAGGCCUUUGAGGCUUCUCCCAUGUGGCUGCAAGACAUGAAGCCUCGCAGGAAUGCCUCUGCAGCUGCUCCCAGCAGCAUCCACAGCUCUGCCAAUCAGCAGCAGGUGCAAUCCACUGCCAGCCCUCAAGCAGUAGCCAAAAUCCCCAAACAAAGUCCACAAUCAGGUGCGAGGAUAGCUACAAGCCAUGGACUUUCUGUCCUGCUUCUUGUUUGUGGCUUUGUGAAGGGUGCUUUGCUUUAAUCUAAAGUGCUGACUUUUUUCCAAUAUCACUUUCUCUUCUUAAAGCAAAGAGCAAAUCGCCUGUAAAUUCUACGGAGCAGACAGCAAAGUUGACCCUAAACGUCAAGCACCACCCUGCACCCUCUGUACUCUAGUUACCUACACAAGGAGCGCCUGCUUCAAGAAGUAUA